CAGCUGAGGGACAAGGCACGCGCCUGCGCACCGCGGCUCUCCGUCCGCCCCGCCGCUUCCGGUGACGUCACGCAGGCGGGGCCUAUUUCCGGGGACGCCGUUGCCGUUUUAUCCGGCGGCGUCACACAACCGGGCGGAAGCGUCGCCGUCUGCUUCCGGUGGAGGCUGCAGGAGCCACGUGCGGGAGGGAGCGCGCGCCGAAGCCACGCAAUGGAGGCCUGGCGCCUGCCGCCGCCGCCGUUCCGUGGCUGGAUCGACUACGGACACUGGCCGCCGCCUCCUCCUCCGCCGCCGCCAGGGGGAAACUUUCAUUUUGGUGAAGACUGGCGUGUGCAACAAUGCGGACAGCCACGUUUCAGCGCUUAUCGACAAAACUACAAGCAGAAGAACAAGAAGAAGAAAGAACCUGUCUUUACUCAUUAUUGUGACACGUGUGAUCACGGCUUUAAAAACAAGGCGAAAUACGAGGAGCAUCUCUCUCAGCACCAGCAGUGUACAGAAGAUGGGUGUGGUUUUAGUGCACAUGAAAAAUUGGUUCGCAUCCACUGGAAAAAUAUGCAUUCUCCUGGGGCCAAACGAAUCAAGUUAGAUACUCCUGAGGAAAUCGCUAAAUGGAGGGAAGAAAGAAAAAAAAAUUUCCCUACUUUGGCAAACAUUGAAAAAAAGAAAGCGCUGCAGCUGGAGAAGGAGCAGAGAGGAGAGGUGCUCAACACUCCACAGUUUGGCAAGAUGAAGGGGAUGUGGAAGCCUCCCUGCCAAGGCGAGGCAUCACAGCAGCGCAGGAAAGGAGGGCAUCAGAGAGAUGGCUUCAGGACCACGUCUGAGGGGCUGCCCGGGGAUGGCACUUCCCCCCUGAACGCUGCAGGCCCGAAAGGCCCUGGGAACGAGGUGGGAGCUGGAAAAGAGUCUGCUGGGAAAACCCAGGCCUCUGGGAGAGACAUAGACCCCCUCGGCCUGUUGGCCACCAACGAUCCUGAUUCAGACAGAGAAGCAGGACCUGCAGAGGAUGCUGUGUGUGUCAUUCCCAAGCAGAUAACUUCCGCUUUGAGCUCCCUGGUGGCCAAUUACGGCAGCACGUCAGGAAGUGAGAGCGAGGAAGAUGAAGAGCCCAUUCAGACUGCAGCAAAAAUACUUGCGGAAAAUCAGGCUGUUCUCCAAAGCAUCCAGCAGCCUUCCAACACCCCCCUUGCCUGUAAAGACACAGAUCGGAAAGAAGCCCCUCUCUGCGGAGCUGAGAAGUUGGGGAAAUCAAAUCCACGCACGGAACACCCCAGGGGUCCAAGCCGACGGAGGAAAACACUUUGGGAGUUGCCAAAACGCCGUCCGACGCUGCUGGAAAUGCUGCUCGCCAAGGACAUACGGCAUGAGAGGAACGUGAUUUUGCAGUGCAUCCGCUAUAUCGUCCGAAAUAUGUUUGGGCACCACUCGCAGACUCUUUCAGCAGGGAGACUGGAGACUGGGCGGACUCCUCAGGGUGUGGAGGGACUCUUUCCACGGAGGCAAGAUGGAUCCGGCACCUGUUAUGGAGAUGGCCAUCAGCCAGCAGAACAGAAUGAAUUGGUUGGAUGGAGCAAGGAUGCAUCAGAGACUCCUUGUGCUGUUGAGGAGGGGCUGGAAACCACAGAAAUCCAUUCUAAAGGACACUGAUGCAGUCGUGGGGGAGCCGGAAGAUCCACAUCUAGUUUCACAGCUUUUGCUUAAAAGGUGAUCAGACACCGUAUAAAAAGCAUCUUUUGUACUGUGAAAAUGCAUCCGCUUGUGGGCAUCUCCAAGAGGCCUUGACUGCACCUCUGGGUGUUUCGUUUACAUUUCCUGAAUGUAAAUAGAAAUUGUACUAAAAUCACUUUAUUGGGAAA